GUCCACUAAAAUAAUAUAUCAUUAUAUUAAAAUAUCAUGCCUUUUUAUUUUCAGGUUUUAUAUAUUUUUGAGUGGAGUGAAUUAUGUGAGUUUAUUCAAUAGUUAUUAGUAAUAAUAUAAUAUUAUCAUCAAAUUGUUUAGUAUUAGAAAUGGAUGAUAUGUUUUCACUAAGAUGACAUCUGUCAAGCGUUUGCAAUUGACUUUAGCCAUCAUGAAACCUCAUGUGGUGUCCAGUCCAUUUUCUUUGCUCGAUAUUAGGCGAACAAUACUGGACAAUGGUUUUUACGUUGUACGGUCAAAGCGCCAAACAAUUAAACUGGAACAGGCAGAGGAAUUUUAUAGAGAACACAAGUCAAAGUUUUUUUAUAACAGACUCAUCACAUUCAUGACAAGUGGACCAUCAGAAGCAUAUAUAUUGGCUAGGGAAGAUGCAAUUUCAGUUUGGCGCCGUUUGAUGGGUCCAACUAAAGUUUUUCAAUGCCAGCUAAGUAAUCCCGAUUCUAUUAGAGCUAAACAUGGACUCACUGAUACUAGAAAUGCCACACAUGGAUCUGAUUCUGAUGAAUCGGUUCGCAAAGAAGUCAGCAUAAUGGUGCCACAAUUUUGUUUUGAUCAAUGGAAACAAACCGAAGAGCCUAUGUUUAGAAAUGGGAGAGUACAGUUUAAUGAUAAACAAUUUAUUCAUUCUGCGCAUGAAAGUUAGGUUAUUUUGUGUAUCAUGAUGAUUUUCAUUAAAUCAAUUAUGAUUAUUGUUGGCUACAUUGUUAAUAGUUUCUUUAGAUAUAUUAUUGAAACAAACCAAAUAUUAGUAUUAAUAUCAAUAUUAGGCUUGUUCUGUAGAAUUCUAAGUCAUAAAAAAGUUGAGACUUAAUAAUAAACUAAUUGCAAUGUAUUAUCUCUUAUAAAAUGUAUUUUAUAAUUAUUUUACGUAAGAUAUAAUAUUAAAUCAAUCAAAUAUGCUCUAUGUUACCAUUUAUACCAUAAUAACUACCAUUAUGUUUACUAUUGAUAUUAAGUUGAUUAUACAUUUUUGUUUAAAACCUUGAA